AUGUCUCUUGCCACAGUUGAUAGUUCUCGAGAAAAAGCUUUAGCUGAUUAUAGAAAGAAAUUGACGGAGCAUAAAGAAAUUGAAGAUAAACUUAAGCAAUCAAGAGAAGAAUUGAAAGAGCUCACAAAGCAGUAUGAAAAAUCAGAGAAUGACUUAAAAGCACUACAGAGUGUUGGCCAGAUUGUUGGUGAGGUUUUGAAGCAACUAACAGAAGAAAAAUUUAUUGUAAAAGCAACAAAUGGACCAAGAUAUGUGGUUGGAUGCCGACGACAGCUUGAUAAAACCAAGUUGAGACCUGGUACUCGAGUGGCCCUGGAUAUGACUACUCUCACUAUUAUGCGAUAUCUUCCAAGGGAAGUUGAUCCUUUGGUUUAUAAUAUGUCUGUUGAAGAUCCUGGUGAAGUUAGUUAUAAUCAAAUAGGUGGACUUGGAGAACAGAUCCGAGAACUCAGAGAGGUUAUUGAAUUACCACUUAUGAACCCUGAGCUUUUUCAACGUGUUGGGAUCACUCCACCAAAAGGCUGCUUACUUUAUGGACCUCCAGGAACAGGCAAAACCCUUUUAGCACGUGCUGUGGCUAGCCAGCUUGAUGCUAAUUUCUUGAAAGUUGUAUCCAGUGCUAUUGUUGACAAAUAUAUUGGCGAAAGUGCUAGACUUAUCCGAGAAAUGUUUGCCUAUGCACGUGAUCAUGAGCCUUGUAUUUUGUUCAUGGAUGAAAUUGAUGCAAUUGGUGGACGACGUUUUUCAGAAGGUACUUCAGCUGACAGAGAAAUUCAAAGAACUCUGAUGGAAUUGCUCAACCAGAUGGAUGGGUUUGAUGCACUUGGCCAAGUUAAAAUAAUCAUGGCAACUAAUCGACCUGAUACACUUGACCCAGCUUUAUUACGUCCUGGGCGCCUUGAUAGGAAAAUUGAAAUUCCAUUACCUAAUGAACAGGCUCGUCUUGAGAUUCUUAAAAUUCAUGCACAACCAAUUGCAAAGCAGGGAGAAAUUGAUUGGGAAGCUAUUGUAAAACUUUCUGAUGAUUUCAAUGGAGCAGAUUUACGAAAUGUGUGUACUGAAGCUGGUAUGUUUACCAUCCGAGCUGAGAGAGAUGCUGUAAUUGAAGAAGAUUUCAUGAAAGCUGUAAGAAAAGUGGCUGAAAACAAAGUCUUGGAAUCUAAACUUGAUUAUAAGCCCCUUGUUAAGGAAACAAUGUCGUUUUUAGGCGUCGGGCGAAACCGGUGGAACACAGAGGAAGAUGAUUACUGGUCAAAGUCACAGAUUGAGAAAUCAACAGGGAAGUAUAACAUGUUUGAUGAUGCUAUCUCUGUGGACAACGCGUCGGUUUUUGCCUCAAAGAUUUUGUCCUGUCGCCAGUAUGAAGACGACGACUUCAGCGAAAGUCUAGAGUCGCACUUGGACCUCGGGCUUUCUACUACUACUACUACUACUACUGCGACAACUACAUCGUCAUCGUCUUUCCCCGGGGGUGGAAAACUGAAAAACGAACAGGCUAGUCUCAUCUCACGAAUUGGGACCCCUGCUAAAGCAGCAGCAACAACAACAACAACAACAGGAAGUAGUAACUUAAAAAAAGGAACGGAUUACUACAGGCAACCUUCGUCCACUCCAGCUACCCCAGGUGACGGAGUUCAGUCCGGGGCCGCCUCUUUCCACCAUGCCCGCACUUCUUCUUUCGGUCAUGGCCGAUCUAAGAGCGAUACGGGAACAACGGGUGGCAGCUUUAGUGUCUAUAAUACUCGGACCGAACUCAGUAUGAAUACAAGCCGCAGAAGUAGUCAACAAGAAGGAACUUCCGAUUACUCUGAGGGAUCUUACUCGAGCGAUGCAUAUGCCAGUAUCGAGGACAUAUUGCAACGAUCCACACCUAAAAUAUCUCCUGCUGCAACAAUUAAUAAACUAGAGGCCGAAGUUCAGUUUCUUAGACGUUCAUUAAAAACGUCAGAUCGAGAGCGAUGGUCAAGGCCGUUGGUUACCGACACUGUGAAAAGAAUUCGAGAUGGAGAAAUCCAUACAGGUUUAUUCAUGUAUCGCACCCGUGAAGAUAAACUUGAAAUUAUGGAUAAAGCAAUCGAAAGUAAUGAUGGUAACGUCAUCACGGCUGUUGUGCUUUUUCUGAGACAAACUCUAAGUGAUGAAGUUUUUCAGGAAGUUUUGGAGACCCGUCCAAUAGCAGUCAAUCAUUACAUUAGCCAUCUUCGAACAGAGGGUAGCUACCCUGAACUCGUGUCUUUCCUAAAGGCGAUGCAGCUGAAUGAAGAAGCAGCUAUGGUUAUGUACAAGCAAGCGGUUUGUAACAAAGAUUUAGCGGUAAAAUUUGAUAGUCUCAAGAGGUGUCUACGAGAGUACAAGUCACACUGUCCUAACAUGUCAUCAGAAACGUGGCUUGUAGAACAACAGCUCGCAUUACUUGAAUGGCAAAAUGCUGUAGACAGUAUGGAUAGUAAAAACGCAACGGACACCCGUUAUUCAAUCUUCCAGGAAGUUCCUCGUCCACUCAAUCUAGUCACAUCAUCUGUUGUAGCAUCCGUUUAUUACAGCUGUUUGUAUCAUUAUAACAACAAAGAAACGGAUUUCGCCAGUCCGUUACAUUUUCGAAAAAAGCACGCCCUCACCGAGAAGCAGUUCUUGUGGCCAGCACUGGCUGCACGAGCUCGGGUAUAUGAGCGAGCAAUUAAUGUAAAAAUUAUCUAUCUAUCUAUCUAUCUAUCUAUCUAUCUAUCUAUCUAUCUAUCUAUCUAUCUAUCUAUCUAUUCUUCAUCUUUAUCUCCCCUCGUCACAAGUGUCAGUAACCGGUGUCUGUCUCUCUUAAUGCAUUUCCUUGUACUGAAAAACGGAUAUAGUAAAGUGUACGUCCUGAUGCGUGCAUCAGACUUCAAGGAAAUUCGUCUUCUUCUUUCUCUGUUAAACCUCUUUGUUCUUUCUUUUUCUUUCUCUGUUAAACCUCUUUGUUCUUUCUUUUUCUUUCUCUCUUUGACUUGCGUAAUAAAAUCUGAAAUUGUAUUCAUUCAUUAUCUAUCUAUCUAUCUAUCUAUCUAUCUAUCUAUCUAUCUAAGUUUGUUCGUAUCUAUCUAUCUAUCUAUCUAUUGUUCUAUCUAUCUAUCUAUCUAUCUAUCUAUCUAUCGAAGUUUGUUCGUAUCUAUCUAUCAUUAUCUAUCUAUCUAUCUAUCUAUCUAUCUAUCUAUCUAUCGAAGAUUGUACGUAUCUAUCUAUCUAUCUAUCUAUCUAUCUAUCUAUCUAUCUAUCUAUCUAUCUAUCCUUUUUAUUCUUUCUUUCUUUCUUUCUUUCUUUCUUUCUUCGGCAGCCACUUACUCUACUAUUUGUCGCUCAAUUUUUCCCCGUUCCCAUAAUGCAUCUCAUAUUUAUCCCUACUAUCUAUCUAUCUCAUUCGGUUCAUAUCUAUCUAUCUAUCUAUCUAUCUAUCUAUCUAUCUCAUUCAGUUUAUAUCUGUCUAUCUCAUUCGGUUCAUAUCUAUCUAUCUAUCUAUCUAUCUAUCUAUCUAUCUAUCACAUUCGGUUCAUAUCUAUCUAUCUAUCUAUCUAUUAG